UUUUAAAGGCUCAGUAAGAUAUUUCGUCAUUCCCUGUCUGACAACCCUGACCGAACAACAACACAACAUGAGCCAUGGAUGGAGUUAGGGGUUUGGGAAGAACUCUUGCCGUUUCAGGAGGAGCAGUCAUAGGAGGAGUGGGGGCGGUGAUGGCUGCUCCUUGGUUGCUCGGAGCUGUCGGUUUCACCUCAGCUGGGAUCACUGCUGGGUCCUACGCUGCCAGCAUGAUGUCUGCUGCUGCCACGGCUAAYGGAGGAGGAGUGGCUGCAGGAAGUCUGGUGUCUAUUCUGCAGUCGGCAGGUGCUGCUGGUCUGUCAGGGACUGCCAACGCUGCUGUGGCCUGCGUUGGAGGCAUCAUUGGAGCUGGAAGUGUGACAAGUCUCUUCCAGGAGGAAGAGGAGAGAAAAAGAAGGGAGGAAGAGARAAAAAACGUUUUCUUGGUGGCAGCGUCUCUUGUGCCGGUUAUGUUGUAUGUUUGGGUGAAUGACCACGGUCCAUUAGCGACUGCCUUUGCAGCUGCAGCCAGUGUUGUAGCUGUUGCUGGAUGGUUGGCAAAAGUCUGCUGGGAAGAAAGAGAGAGAAAAAGAAGAGAGGAGGAAAAGCUGAUGUGGGAGAUAGCCGCUCUGGCAUUUGCAUCGUGUGUUUACUUAAACAGCAGACAGAGGAAACAGAGGGCACAAUAACACUAAGAUUCUGUAUCUGAGCUUUAAAAGUUUUAAAUAUGGACUUUAAUGAAAACAACAUAUGAGUUUGCUUUAAACUUAGGCUCAGAAGAUUACUUGCUCCUUUUCAAGGUGUGUAAAUUUAACUUCUGGUGAUUUAUUAUAAAGCCCACCACAGAUCCCUCCUGUUAUAUCAGCUCAUUUAUUGACUCAAAAUUAGUGGAUUACUGUGUUAUAUGUUUUAAUGGACGGUUUUGCUACGAUGCAGCAAAAUAAGUGUAUUUUUACACCUAUAUGUCUGCCUUUUUUGUAAACACGAUUUAUUUGACGCUUAAUGCCCCCAUGAAUUAUUUGUCAAAUAAAAAUAACUAUCUGAAAUUUGAAAAUUAUUGGUCUAUUUAAUUUUUUUAAGUGUUUUAGGAGUGUGACUAGUCUGAAAAAGAAAUCGUGUUUUGAAUUUUGCUCCUGUGUGUACAAGAGGAAAUAUGUGUUUUUGUUGAACUUUGUUUUCUAACCAGACAUGAACAAAAUAGAAAAUAAAAAACUUGCAGUGCUUA